AAACUGAAAAAAAAAACACAUUUCUUAUAUAUGCAUUUUUAAGUCACCUGAGUAAGAUCUGGCGACCUAUUGCAAUUGAUCAGAGUUCAUCGUCCUCCAUCUUGCGUUAACAAUUGAACAUUUUUAACUUCUUGAUAACUAUCAUUCCAAUUCUUUUGAAAUUAAGUAUGAAACAUCUUUAGGACAAAGGGAAUGUAUAGAUUGUAAAAUAAAGAAUUGACCAAUUUAAAAAAAAAAUCUUCUCUACAACCGCACAUCUGUAAGAAAACUACAGAUGUGCGGUUGUAGAGAAGAUUUUUUAAAAUUGGUCAAUUCUUUAUUUUACAAUCUAUACAUUCCCUUAGUCCCAAAGAUGCUUCAUACUUAAUUUCAAAAGAAUUGGAAUGAUAGUUAUCAAGAAGUUAAAAAUGUUCAAUUGUGAAUUUCGCAACUCCUUACUCUAGGACGGUUAGAUAUUAGGCAUAUUGUGUUAGAGUUGCAUAUAUGAUAUUAUGUAAAGUCUUUCAUCAGUAUAGGCACUUUCAGGGGCAUUUAAAUUUUAAAGAAAACAUCUUGUUUUAUACUGUUGCUGAAUAUUAGAAUUUAGCUUAGAUAUGCAGAACAAGAAUUGUUUGUAGAUUUCAUAGCCCUUGGGAAUAGUGAUACUUUUAAAUAAUACUCAGGUGACCGCUAAGGCCUGUGGGUCUCUUGUCUAUUGUAUUUAUCUCGUUACACGCGAUGUUAUGUCAUUACGUUGACUGGACUUUGUAGUGGUAUGCAGCAUUUGAAAAAAAUAAGCAUCGCUUUUCGACGUUUUUCUCUGUGACAUUACAACCAAUAAUGUUGAAAAUACCGCAUUCUGAUCGUGACAUCCCAGUCGCCAAUAAUUUUAAAUCCCGGCGAAAUUUUUUUUAGAGCAUAUGAGAAAAUAACCCUCGGUAUGGAAAUGCUAACAAUAUUCAGGAACAAAUCUGAGUAAUGUAAAUAUAUUAAAAUAUUAAGCUUCUUCGUAUGAAAACUGUGAUUCUGAAUUUUUUUUUUACACAUAGCUGACAGGCUCUACAUCUCUUUACAUCUAAGUAGAGCUUAAUUACAUUUACAAAGACUGCAUAUUCUUUUCAAUUCUCGGAGUGUCGCUCCAAACACCAAAGAGAACGCACUUACCAAAUGCUUACCUACUCUGUCGGAGGACAUAUAUGUGUCCUGUGCAAGUUUUUCAGAUACAUGAGACAGUUCAAACAAAGGUGGCGGACACGUCGCGCUGCAUGUGUUUGUUCUGUCGGACUUGGACGCAUGGGUUUUCAGAUCUUCGUAACGUAUAGUAUCUUGAGUAUAGUAAAGCGACACUUCGAGAGCGGACUUAUAUCUUGGCAAAUAUGGACAAUUUACUCUCCCUUUAUUUGAAAUAAGUCAGAAGUAGUCGCAAAUUAACAUACUGGUCUCAAAGAGUACCGCUCCUUUUUGUGUCUUUUCAGUGAUUGAUGAAAAAUUUAAUAAAUUGCUUGAUGACAAUUUUGAAAGCAAAAAUGCAAGAUAUCUACAUAUUUGCAGUUAUGAAAACUACCAGGUGUAUAUGUUUGCAUGUACAAGUUAAUAAGAACAACUCCUUAGAAAUUUGAAGUAUUCGUAAACAGAUAUAUGCUUGGGGCGGAAAUUCUACUCGACGUUAAUUACACACAGCAAAAAAAAGAAAGAAGGUCUAUGCCGUGUGUCGGUUAUCUCUGAAUAUGACAGGUGUAAGGAUAAUUUGACUUAGGUCGACGUGACCACUGGUCAUUCGUUUAUAUCUUAUCAUAAACCGUUGUUUUAUCAUAUUUAUGAUUUCAGCAAAAUUCGUUCAAUUGUUUAUCUUUACCCGACAGUUUUUAUGGAAAUACAGCAGAUUUGUAAGUAAACUAUGUAUGAAUAUAUUACUUGUAAGUCCGGUGUUUAAAUCUAAAUAAACAUACGUAUCAUUCCUCGUGUCACACGGUCAUUAAAAGAAAUUAAGAUGCACGUAUAUUUGUUCUUUUUUUAAAAAUCUUAUAUACGUGCAUAUCAAAAUUAAUUGGAUUUAACCCGUAUUAUUUUUUAAAGGAAUUGUUGAUCUUUGCUAUAAAAAUCAAUUGGCUGAUUUUGUGCAUAAGAAUCGUGUUAGAGGCCGAUAUCGUAUUUUUAUUUUGAUUUGCGACUCAGGGAAAAGGAAGUAUAUUCCAUCCCCAUGAAAAAUCGCUGCUUUUGUUCUGGUUGGGAAAUCCGACACCACCCUGUUCUGUAAUGAUAGUGAAUUGAUCGAUUCCGGUAUUGUAGUCAUGCCAGUGAGUUUGUCAACAUGACGUAGUAUAGAGCCACGAUGGUCGUACCAAAGGUCAUCUCCGGAUACGGAAAUCAACAGUAUAUCAAUUGAAAAAGUGAACUAAGAUGAAAUGUGAUACGAGUUUAAAAGUUCAGGGGGAUGGCAAAGAUAACGGCAGUGGGUAUUUCGUGUGAAUGCAGUGCAGAUAAUGCUCGAAUUGAAACAAAAUAUCAUGUUGAGGUGUUAACUUCGGUAAGGUUUCUGAUACAAAUUAGAAUCCUAUUAUAGGAAUUUGUAUCUCUAUUGAUUUUCAAAUUUGGAUCUUGGGAAGAAAUGCAUGUAAUUCUGUCUUGUGGUAGAUUUCGACUUAGUCAUGGACCUUUGGCAAUGCUUUGGAAAAGAAUUCUGUCUCUUUGGGCAUGAUUCAUUUUUACAGACAUUAGAUCUUCACAAUGGUGUUUUUAAUAUCUAUAUAAAAAGUAUGCCGAAGAAAGUUAAUAAUGACAUUGUAAUAAUGAUUUGGUCUGACUUUCUUGAAGUGAUAUCAAAUCUGAGAUGACUACAUCUAUGGAAAAUCUGAAUGUAGAAACCCCUAAAUUUAAUCGUCUCAUCAAAUGUCAAAAACACUGAACAAAACACACAAACCCGCCUGAUUUCUCACCAUGAAUGCGACUUCUGUCAGCAAUUGAAUUUCCUGAUUGAAUUAUCUCUCUUCAAAUCGUCUUAUCAGUCAUUAGAAGGUUUCGAUACUUAUCAGACCUCCUUUUGGUUAAAAUCAGAUUAAACCAGCAAAUUGAUGGGUGUUCCGUGUAAGUCAGGGGGAAAAGAGAAAGCCCCAUUUCAACGACAAAUUAAAGUUCUAAUUGUGCAUGUCAUUCACAUACGAGCGUACAUCUUUGAUAAAGUAACAAACCAAACCAUACGAGUCACAUGGUUAUGGAAGAUCAGAUUAUAUGUCAAAGAUACCUCCUUGUUUUGGUUGUAAUUUUUUAUAUACAGAAGUUUGUUUUUUCUUUCUAUGUCCGUGGCUGAAUGCGUGUGUCAAUCACAAAUCGCAUUUUUGUAGACAUUUUGAAUAGUCCGAUUUGCAGCAGAUAAACCUUCCUAUUUCAUUGUGUCUAGAUUUUGAUUUUUGUCCAAUGUCAUAUCAUUAUAAAAUAUCUCCAGGAUUUUGACAGGUCUUUAAAGGUGCUGGGGUCGUAUCAGAUCCCACGAAACGCCAUUUUACCAUCAAUGGACUGACAGUUUGACAAUACUAUGAGCACUUUAAAUACAUAAUGUUGAACAUUUAACAAAUACCGACGUUUUAAAAAAGAAAUGUAUUUUUAGAAAGAUUCCUUACAAAGCGACGAUUUUUGUAUACCAUACGGCAGAACCAAAGGCUAAAUAAUUUUCAUUUUGUUUAUGUCUAUGAACAUUUGGUUUUGAUUAUGCGGUAUUUUAGCAUUGAACAAGUUUGCUGAGAACAUCUUUCGGAUAGAGCGCCGCUGAGGUUAAGUUAAUAGUCGAUCGUAUUACCCGGGGAUUGAUUUAUGGAGAAGCACGUUCAACACUCGCUAUAGUGUUAAGAAGACAGAGGUUGGUGAUAUUGAUUCCAAAAUACAUUAUCGAAGAUAAUUGGGAAGAUAUUGAUUUUCACGGUCCAUUUACGCCUAAUCUUGAAAAGCUGGAAGCGUAAAAUUUCAUCUUAAUGAGGAAGGCGGAGCUACGAUAAUUAUGACAUCUCUGAUACCCGGCUAACGAUUGGUGGAUGGAAAUUUGAUGGACGUGCGUCAUGUCAUACGGCUAUGAAUAAAACACGUUUAUCCAAAGUAAACUGAAAAAUUUGAUCAUAUCUGACAUGUGUACAUGCAAUAAGUUUUUUGUUAUCACGGAAAUUUGCCAGUGACUCGACCAAGUCAGGUUUAGAAACAGUGGUUCUGCUGAAAAAAGAUUUAAAUUUCAUUAUCCUGUGUUUUUCGCGGAACAUUGCAGUGAUUAAGAGGAUAAAGCUGAAUUCUGUGUGUCAAACGAGACUUAGGACCAUUGCGGGUACAUUAUUGAAAAGCGAACUAAUCCGUAAGUGUGUCAUAAGAGGAUUUUUAGCACGUCGCAUGUGAAAACAAGGCAUUUAAUAUUAAGUUAGCCAUUCACUCAGUGACAAGAAAAGGAGGGACAUAUUUCUUUGUGCUUUCUGUUUUAAACACCAACAAAACAUUCACGGUCGGGACUGUGCAACAAAUGUCGAUUAUUUCUCGGUGUUGUGGAUAGUAGAAUACUAAUCAAUGGCACGCGAUAUUCAUUAAUUACGCACAAGUUGAUGAGAAAGCAAGGAGUUAGGAUUUAAGAUAUAAUGCCUUGUAUUGCCGGUAGCUAUCAGUGUAUGUAAACUUUAAAAAGGAUAUGAUGGCGGUCCGCAAUAAGUUUGUUGACUGUUUGCUUUUCGUAUUAACAUUCGCAUUUCUGUUGUAUGUCAACAUCUGCUCGGUAGGGGCAGAAGAAGAGCGAAGAUGUCAGGAAAUCACGAUUCCGAUGUGUAAAGGCAUUGGGUAUAAUCUGACCUACAUGCCAAAUCAGUUUAAUCACGAAACGCAGGAGGAGGCCGGAUUAGAAGUCCACCAAUUUUGGCCUCUCGUGGAAAUUCACUGCUCACCGGAUCUAAAACUUUUCCUUUGCAGUAUGUAUACUCCGAUAUGUAUCCUAGAUUACAAGCACCCACUGCCAGCCUGUCGAUCCGUCUGCGAGAGGGCCAAAUCCGGAUGUGCUCCGCUGAUGGCUCAAUACGGAUUCGAAUGGCCGGAAAGGAUGAAGUGUGAGAAUCUACCCGUUUUCGGAAGCGGUCAACUGUGUAUGGACCAUAACCAGACGGAAUCGACGUCCAGUCCCCCCAAGAAGGAGCAAACAAAACCAAGGGAUAAUAAACACAAUGGCAAGAAGCCUAAACCCGAACGACCAGAAAAGAUACCUAGACCGUACGACCCCACAGACCAUAACUAUGUCAUCCCUCCGGAGGUUGAUAGACAUUGUGAUUGCAAAUGCAGAAUGGUUCGACUCGGAGAAGACAAUGCGUUUUUCAACAAAAUAUCUACCGGCGGUUUCGAAAACUGUGCUAUCAACUGCACGAGUCCUUACUUUACUCCUGAUGAGAUGACAUUUGCGACAUUUUGGGUGGGCUUGUGGUCCAUUUUAUGCUGUAUUUCAACCUCAAUGACAGUGCUGACAUUUUUGGUAGAUACAGAACGUUUUAAGUAUCCGGAGAGACCGAUUGUUUUUCUCAGUGUCUGCUAUUUCAUGGUCAGUGUUGGAUACAUCAUUCGUCUCAUUGCUGGACAUGAUGCCGUGGCAUGCGAUAAAAGCGCCAUUCGCUAUGAAACCACUGGACCAGCCCUAUGCACUGUCGUUUUCCUUCUCGUGUAUUUUUUCGGAAUGGCUUCCUCCAUUUGGUGGGUCAUUCUCUCGUUUACGUGGUUCCUUUCUGCCGGCUUAAAAUGGGGACAAGAGGCUAUUGCCAGCUAUUCUCAGUAUUUUCAUCUUGCCGCUUGGCUCAUUCCGUCUAUUAAAAGUAUUGUAGUGCUCGCCAAAUCUUCAGUGGACGGAGAUGCAAUUUCCGGAAUAUGUUCCGUUGGAAAUCAGAAUCUGGACAACUUGCGUUGGUUCGUUGUAGCCCCGUUAUUUGUAUACUUGAUUGUUGGAACUUCCUUCCUAGUGGCGGGCUUUGUGUCGUUAUUUCGAAUCAGAAAUGUGAUUAAACAACAGGGAAGGACAACUACCGACAAAUUAGAAAAACUCAUGAUUCGAAUCGGAGUCUUCUCCGUUUUGUACACGGUGCCAGCCACGAUUGUCAUCGGAUGUUACAUCUAUGAACUGACUCUCAAACCAAAAUGGGAGCGAAGUAAAAAUUGUCCCUGUGAGGGAAAAGAAUCGAAACCUGACUACUCCGUGUUUAUGUUGAAAUACUUUAUGUGUUUAGUUGUGGGAAUUACGUCCGGGUUUUGGAUCUGGACGGGUAAAACAGUUGACUCGUGGAAGAGACUAUUCAAUGGACCGUGCUGUAGACGCGACAAUACAAACUUUAAUUCUCGAUUUUCAAAGCCAUCAACCAAUUCCACAUACCCUGGUGUGAAACCGCUCCCGCUAAGCCAGGUCUAAACUUCUGAAGCAAUAAUACUCCGAUGAAAACGUAGGGUAAAAUGGAUAUUUAGAAUAAUGAUACAUAGAUAAACAAAGCUUACAAUGAUUUUAUUGAUGUAUAAGAAGACAUGAAUGUGAUGUGAUAUUUUUUGUUUAAAUCGUAUAAAACAUCAGAUGGGAAAUUGUUGCGAAAAUUCUGGGUCUGUAAAUCUUUUUUCUUUCAAUAUACGUAGUAUUUAGCCAGAGGGAUAGAGAUUAUUAUCUGUAAAAUAUGUAAAUCCUCUAGCUAAAUAUUAUGUGUAAUUUUCGGUCUCAGUUUAUGGCAUGUUAAACUUCUGUUAGUAAAAUCGGCUAAUUGAUCUCUAAUUUCAUUAAUACGUUUACAAACGAUUAGCUGUCAUAUGAUGAUAAAUAUUUACCCCUCGGAAAUUUUUUCACCUUGUUAAACAAAAAUAUUAUUACAAUUAAAAGUGGGACUCAUUAGAAGUUUUCAAAGCAUGUCAUGUAAGUUGCUUGCAGGUUUGAAUUAUGUAUGUUUAAUAAUGCCCUGUUCGCAAUGAAUUUCUCUACUUCCCAGUGCUUCUUAUGUAAUAUUAAUUUAUAUUUUGUAAAUAUGUUGUAAAAUACUCAUUGUCAUUGUUGUUCUCGUUUUACAAAAUAUGUCCUUGUUAUGUAUAAAAUUUACAAAGAUGAAUUUACAUGUAAAGUGUAAAAAUAGAGACAAUCAGAAAAAAUGUAAUCUAAGAAUCGAGAAUCAAAUUUUUGCCAUAAUUUUCACAAAGGUGCUAUGUAUUUCAACUUUGUGCAAGAAAUAAAGAUUUGAAACGAUGUUGUAAAUAUGUUAUAACUACAAAAUGCAGAAAGAAAAUAAAACCACAACAGUUGAUGGUGCUAGUUAAAAAUGAA